UUUAUUCUAGCGACGACCUUUCCCCUUAUUUCAACAUCAAUGCAAUGAUGAAAGAUGAAAGCACUAUUGCCAACAUUAACUAUGUCUAGAGAAGUUCUCCGUCAGAUGCACAGAUACUGUAUAAGAGCUGACUGGAUGAGGAGGAAGUCUGGGCUCCUAGUGCAAUACCACACAGCAAGUCAUCAUGGCACCUCUCAAAUACCUCUGCAGACUCUCUCCAUCAAAUACAGUAGCUCCAUGUUUCACACUGGCAUCGAUACAAGAGGAGCUAAAGGACCGCAAAUGCAUGAAACACAAACCACGGAUGAUGCUCACAAACUAUUAGUCAUACAGCCUGAGUUUAAGUCCGGGCCUGUGGAGAAACCGUACGUACCAGCUGCCUUGAAGCUGGAAGAAGCUGUGGCCCUGGUAGAGGCAAUAUCGGGCUGGGAGGUAAAGUAUCAGAGAAUCGAAGCCAUUCGAGAAGUACAUAACAAGUAUCUUUUUGGUACGGGGAAGAUCAAAGAAUUGAAAUCAGACGUUAGAUCUCUCAGAAAAUCUGUUACUGGUGUAUUUAUCAACACUCCCACACUCACCCCACUUCAACACAGGUGUCUAGCGGCCAUUUUCAAGAGUGAGGUUUUUGAUCGAUUUGGAAUUGUCCUUCGUAUCUUCAAGGAGAGGGCACACACGAAAGAAGCCAAGCUGCAAGUUCAGUUAGCGGAGAUACCGUAUUUAAGAGGAAAACUCUCCGAUGGUACAGAGGGACAUCAGCGAGGUGCAGCAGGACGAAUGGGCGGUGGUGGGGAAACCAGUGUCAUGGCGAUGAAAGCAAGUCUGAGUCGACGACAGAAACGGAUAAGAACUGAACUAGAUGAUAUUCGCUCCAGACAAAAGGCUGAGAGAGAGCACAGAGCCAGGCAUACAGGACUCCCUAUUGUAGCUGUAGUAGGAUACACAAACACGGGCAAGACCACUCUCAUUAGGACACUCACGCUGGAUGACAGUUUAAGCCCUGAGGAUAAGUUGUUUGCAACCCUGGACAGUACAGUGCAUGCUGGCAGGUUGCCGUGUGGUCUCAAGGUACUCUUUGUGGACACCAUUGGGUUCAUCUCUGAUCUACCCCACGAGUUGGUGGAGUCUUUUGUGUCUACACUGGAGGAUGUUAUAAACGCAGAUGUGCUGGUGAGUGUGACUGACGUGUGCCACCCUCAGAGCUACGCCCAGAGGGCUAACGUCCUCAAAGUGCUGAGUCAGUUAAACCCCAGACAACGGCUGCUGGACGACAUGGUGGAGGUUUUCAACAAGGCGGAUAUGCUAACAAUGCCAGACAGCUCUCCUGAUAGACUACUCAUCUCGGCUACCAGUGGGAAUGGUAUCCCCGAGCUGCAGGAGAGGAUCGAGACAGCUGUUCUCUCGGCCACUCAUCAGAAGCGCUGGAGGAUCAUUGUACCAGCCAACGGAGCUCAGCUAAGCUGGCUUCACCACACUCAGCAGGCCACUGUACUGGACGUCAAGUUACAAGAAGGCCUGGAAGACAUGUUUGAGGUGGCGGCUAUUCUGUCUGAUACUGUCGCUAGCAAGUUUAGAGCAAAGUUUGGAAACUCAGUUCAAUUACAUACACACGGAUAACUAUAUAUUCUUCUGGUUUCAUGGACAUAAUUUAUAAUAAUUAUUGUCAUUAAUUGAUCAUGGUUCACUGUUCAAUAAUAUUUUUUUCAUAAAUAAUUAUUAUUUUGUUGGUGGUAUCAUUGAAUGUACGUACUAUACAGCAUAAUUAUAAAAAUUAACGACAAUAUGA